AUGGCUGCGAAUGGCGCCCCCGACUCCUUCGCCCCAGAGACGAUUCUGGCGGCCAUGACAACCAUGCGCGGCGGGGAGCCUGACAAGAAGAAAGCUGCCAUGGACUACCUUGGCAAGUUCCAAAAAUCGAAUAACGCCUGGACGACGACCCUUACCAUCCUCCAAUCGACCGCCGAUGCCGAAGCCUCACUGUUCGCCGCGACAACGCUGAAGGGAAAGAUCACAUAUGACCUUACCACUCAGGUUCCUGAGAGUGACUGGUCUGCUCUCCGUGACCAGCUUCUGCUGCUCCUGAAAAAGUUCGCUGCAGGACCCAGGCCAGUCCGAGUGCAGCUCUGUGUUUGCCUGGCCAUUCUGGCAAUACAGAUGAGGACCUGGAAGGAUGUCUUGCCCACCGUGGUUGCAGCGCUUGGAAGCGAAGUGCAGAGCCAUGCAGCCAUCCUGGAUUUCCUCAGAGUGCUUCCCGAGGAGGUGACCGAAGGCCGCAAGAUUAACCUCUCUGAAGACGAGCUCACGGAGAGAACGACCGAACUAUUAACCGACAACGCUGAGCAAGUCGUCAAUAUCCUCAUCAACUACGCCCAGACAUCAGAAGCUGCUGCCUGCAACCCACAACUGAUGGAAUGCAUCACCUCAUGGCUGCGAGAAGUUCCCAUUUCCGCUGUUGUCAGCUCUGCCCUGCUCAAUAUUGUUAUCAACGCUCUGGCAAGCGACGACUGUCUGGAGGCCGCUGCCGAUUGUCUUGGGGCCAUGUGCCGUGAGACACGGGAUGUCGAUGACAAUGUUGAGACUAUUCAGAUCCUCCUGCCACGGAUAAUUGAGAUAAGAGCUCGGAUGCAGAAGGCUGCUGAGGACGAGGACGUCGAGGCUUUCCGGGCAGUGACCCGCCUCUUUGCAGAAGCUGGCAUCUCCUGGGCCGUGAUUAUCGCCCGCGAGCCAAUACACUUCCGGCCCCUUGUCGAGAUCAUUCUGGAAUGCUGCGCAAGAGACAAGGACAGAGACGUCAUCGGGCACACGUUUACAUUCUGGUACGAGCUAAAGCAGUACGUGGUGUUGGACAAGUACGUCGAGGCUAGGAUGCAGCUCUAUGAUGUCUUCGCCAAGCUGGUGGAUGUUAUCCUCAAGCACCUGCAAUACCCCGAAUCAGAGAGUGGAAACGAGCUGGACCUAUUUGAUGGAGACCGUGAAGAGGAAGAGAAAUUCCGGGAGUUCAGGCACGAGAUGGGCGAUACGCUGAAGGACUGCUGUGAGGUGUUGGGUAUCUCAGACUGUCUGAACAAGGUGCUUGAGGCGAUCAAAGUCUGGAUGCACAAGUAUGCUAGCCAGGCCACAGCGUCAUCGGUGCCUCACUGGCAAGAACUCGAAGCUCCGGUGUUCGGCAUGCGCGCUCUGGGCCGGAUGGUGGACAGAGACGAGGGCACCGUUCUGCCCCAGCUAAUGCCGUUGCUGGUGCAGAUGCCCAACCACGAGAAGCUUCGAUUCGCCACCAUCAUGGUUUUCGGGCGGUACACCGAGUGGACGGCAGAGCACCCGGAGUUCCUGCAGCCGCAGUUCAACUACAUCGUCACUUCGUUCCAGGCAGACUCCAAGGAGAUCAUCAGGGCUGCCGCGGUGGCGAUCAAGUAUUUCUGUACCGACUGCAGAAGCUUGCUGAGUGAUCAGGUCCUUCAGUUGCAGUCCUUCUACGACCAGAUCCUCGACAAGCUGCCAGAAAUCAGUCAAGAGGAGAUCACCGAGGGAGUUGCCAGCGUUGUGGGCGUCCAGAAGCCGGAGGAGGUCUACAAGCUUCUCAAGCUGUACUGUGACCCGUUGGUCAACAGGCUGAUGGCCAAGGCUAACACGGCCUCUGCUGACGACAAAGAUGACAAGCUUAAGUUGGCGUUGGCUGAUCACGUCCAGCUUCUCACUUUGUUCGUCCAAAAUGUUGUCCCCUUGGUUUCACAUGGGCAGGAAGACCCCGCCGUCAAGUACUGGCAAGAGGUCUUCCCUGUCUUAUCCACAGUCAUGGACAACUUCCUGAAUUUCCCGCCCAUCUGUGAGCGAAUCUGCAGGUGUUGGCGGCACAUGGUCAUCUCAUAUCGGACGGGCAUCACGCCUCUGCUGCCACAGUUGGCCAAUAAGCUUGCAGAUGGAUUCGCGGCAUCGAAACAGGGGGCCUUCCUGUGGGCGUCAAGCGCGAUACUGAGAGAGUUUUCUGAGGACCGCGACCACCUCGACCAAAGCAUCCCAGAGAACAUUUACAAGUUCUUUGAGAACCAGGCAACCAAUGUCCUCCGAUUCAUGAGCGACAUACCGGCCAAUGAGCUGCCGGAUAUAGUCGAGGAUUUCUACCGUCUCUUGACGGAUGCACUCCUCUACUACCCGCAGAAACUAAUCCUGUCGCCGCUCCUGACCCCGAUCCUCCAGGCCGCCGUCUCCUCUCUGAGUUCACUGGAGCAGCGUGACCCCCUGACGGCAACCCUCCAUUUCCUGCGCGACCUACUGAGCUACGGAGGAGCGAACCCUGCCUCGUCAAACUUGCAGCUGGGCCCGGUCGCGCAACAGAUCCAGGCCGCUGUGAAGCAGCUGCUAGUGACAGAAGGCGAGCCACUGGUGAAGGCCAUCUUGGCAGGCAUGAUGAUGACGUUCCCUCGGGACUGUUUUGCUGAUGGCAGCGGGGUGCUGCUUGAGCUCUUUGCCCUGCUCCCGGCGCAGACGACAACCUGGGUGGAGACCACCCUCAAGCUAGCACCCGCAGGCACCGUCACGCCAGUGGAGGCGUCGCGUCUCAUCGGCAAGAUUAAGGAGAAGCUGUCCCAACCCGAUGAUGGAGGCCUGAGGCAGGUCAGAGUGCUGCUUCAGGACUUUACUAAUACGUACCGACGGCGGCACGUCGCCCCUCGAGAUGGGCUGGGCCUGAUGGAGGGCAAGAGGUUCCACUUUGAUGGAUAA